CGCUUAUCAGUACGCGAUUAGAUACCGCCGCGCACGGCCGCGUCCAACCUGAGUACUAGAUACACUAAGAAUCUAGAAUCAAGACUAGUGUGAGGAAUAAGUGGGAAGUGCUCAGUGUGGUUGGAGUAAGGAAGAAGAGGUGUGUGACCUAAGAAAAACAUGCGGAGCAAAGACCGGCUAGAUGAACUAAGACAAUUGGCGAAUUCAGCAGGUGUGUACCACGACACCGUGGUCGAGACGACACUGGGUUACGAGAAAAAUCACGAGGAUAUCGACGAACUAUGCAAAGAGGUAGAGCAAAUACGCGGAUGGAUACACGAAGUCAAUGGAAAUACGCAGCUCAUAAGAAGACUUCAUUCAGAUCCAACCUAUCAUACAAAUAAACACCUUCAAGACCAGCUAGAUGCGGUUGUAACGCAGUCGAACGCAGUCGGCCUGAAGAUAUGUGGUGCGCUGCGUCAGCUGGAGGCGCGAGUGCGGUCCUCCUCCGGCCUGAGCGCGGUGUCGCGGAUGACGCGCCUGCAGUUCGCCGUGACGAGGAGGCUGUAUGCUGACGCGCUAACGGAGCAUCAACGCUCGCUGCAGCUGCUUAGGGACUACCAGUACAGACUGCUUCAGGACCAGAUCAAACUCACAAACCUCAGCAUUACAGACGAAGAAUGCGAGCUACUGCUAGAGACGAACAACGUAGCACUUUUUGUGGAUAACUUGCGUGCGGAGACAGCAGAGGCGCGGCGGACGCUGCGGGAAGCUGAGGUCAGGCGAGACGAGCUGCUGAGGGUGGAGCAGUCCCUGGUCGGCGUCAGGGACCUCUUCCUCCAACUGGCGCAUUUGGUGGCUGCACAGCAAGAGCAAGUCGACAGCGUCGAGUACUAUGCGCGGCAGGCGGCAGACCUCGUGGAGAUCGGCGGCCAUGAACUUCUGAAAGGCAAAACCUAUUCGGAAAAAAGCAGACAGAAAAAGAUAAGCUUGAUCAUCUGCCUCGUGAGCGGCAUCCUCAUCGUAUUUCUGGUGCUGUUUUUAACGUAGUUAGAAAGUUGAUGACUUCGAAUGAUUUAUCCAUAAUUUAUCAUAGAAUACUUAAUAAGUCAUUGUGAAAGCUAGUCAUGAUAAUAAUAUUAAAUAAAAUAGUUUUUAAAAAUAAUUAAUAAAUAAAUCAAUUAAUAUUUUACUGGCAGUUUAC